CCCCGCUGGCCCGGGCGGCCGAGUUGUGCCGCAACCCUGACUCUUGUGAAAAUGGCGCUCCGAGCGGCGCGGAGCGUGCGGGCCGUGGCCUGCAGCCUGCGCGUUCCGUCGGCGCCUGCGGUGCCCUGUGCGCCGAGGCCCUGGGGCCUAAGGGCGGGCGCCGUCCGAACGCUGCACACCGGCCCCAAUCUGCUCUCGGUGCGUAAAUUCACAGAGAAACAUGAAUGGAUAACAACAGAAAAUGGUAUUGGAACAGUGGGAAUCAGCAAUUUUGCACAGGAAGCUUUGGGAGAUGUUGUUUACUGUAGUCUGCCUGAAGUUGGGACAAAAUUGAAGAAACAAGAUGAGUUUGGUGCUUUGGAAAGUGUGAAAGCUGCUAGUGAACUCUAUUCCCCUCUAACAGGAGAAGUAACUGAAAUUAAUGAAGCUCUUGCAGAAAAUCCAGGACUUGUUAACAAAUCUUGUUAUGAAGAUGGUUGGCUGAUCAAGAUGACAAAAGAAACCAUUCUUUACAAGACUGUGCCAAUGGCCAUAUCACUGCUGAGCUGUAUCUCUGCACCCUUAUCAAGAAGGUAUCCAAGAUAUCCUGGAUGAUUAUCUGCCUGUUUGUGUAAUUAUUUAUUCAGAUUAAUUAAUUUGACUGCUUUGGAAAUAAAGAGGGAUGAGUUAUAA